AUGAGCGACCGCUACACUACCGACCGCGACGCAACCAACAAGGAGACCGUCUAUACCGCCAGCAACGGUGCUCCGUACCCUCACGCGUACGGUGCCCAGCGUGCGGGAAACAACGGUCCCCUCCUUCUCCAGGACUACCAUCUCAUCGACCUUCUCGCUCACUUCGACCGCGAGCGUAUCCCCGAGCGCGUCGUCCACGCCAAGGGCUCCGGUGCCCACGGCGAGUGGGAGUGCACUGCCGAUGCUCAGGACCUCUGUCUUGCCGACUUCUUCAAGCAGGGUACCAAGUGUCCGCUCACUCUCCGCUUCUCGACCGUCGGCGGCGAAUCGGGCUCAUCCGACAAUGCCCGUGACCCCCGUGGCUUUGCUGUCAAGUUCAAGACCUCGCAGGGCAACUGGGACUGGGUAGGCAACAACACCCCAAUCUUCUUUUUGCGAGACCCGGCCAAGUUUCCGCAUUUCAUCCACACGCAGAAGCGUGACCCCGCGACUCACCUCGGCGGUGGCGAUGACGCGACCAUGUUCUGGGACUACAUCAGCAACAACCCCGAGUCCGUUCACCAGAUCAUGUACCUCAUGGGUGACCGCGGUAUCCCAGAUGGUUUCCGUCAGAUGAACGGAUACUAUGGCCACACACUCAAGAUUGUCAACGCCAAGGGCGAGUGGGUCUACGCUCAGUUCCACCUGCUCUCGAACCAGGGUGUCGUCAACCAGACCGACCCCGUCGCCACUGCCAAGAACAGCCCUGACCAUGGUCAGAAGGACCUCUACUACAGCAUCGAGGAGGGCAAGUUCCCCUCGUGGACGAUGAAGGUUCAGACCAUGACUGCCAAGCAGGCCGAGGAGGCUUGGGCGAACAAGGGCAUCAACGUCUUUGACCUCACCCACAUCUGGCCUCACAAGGACUACCCCCUCCGCGAGAUUGGUAAGGUCACCCUUAACAAGAACGCCAAGAACUACUUCGCCGAGGUUGAGCAGGCAGCCUUUAGCCCUUCGCACAUGAUCCCCGGUGUUGAGCCGUCAGCCGACCCCGUCCUCCAGUCGCGUCUGUUCUCGUACCCCGACACCCACCGCCACCGUCUUGGUACCAACUACCAGCAGCUGCCUGUCAACCAGCCUCACCCUGCCUACAAGAUGGCAAACUUCCAGCGUGAUGGUGCGAUGGCCUACUACAAUCAGGGUGGCCGCGCCAACUACAUCUCGACCCUCGACCCCAUCCAAUUCAAGCCCCGUUACGUCGACGUCGACAAUGUUCACGGCCACUUCCAGGCCGAGGCUAUCGCCUUCCUCUCGACCAUUCGUCCCGAGGACUUCAACGCCCCCCGUGCGCUUUGGGAGAAGGUGUUUGACGACGCUGGCCGCAAGCGCUUCAUCGAGACCGUCUCUGGUCACAUGUCGACCGUGCGCGACAAGGAGAUCAUCGCUCGCCAGAUUGCCAUCUUCCGUGAGGUCUCGGAGGACCUCGCGUCCCGCCUCGAGAAGGCGACCGGCGUCAAGGGUGGACCGGGUAUCAAGGGCGUCGUCUUCAACGGCAGCAACAACGGCAUGGACAAGAGCAAGCCCCUGGCGGCGAACAGCAUGACCCACGCCAGCUCGUUUGACAACGGUGGUCCCAAGUAA